CUCUUAGCUCGUUUAUUCAGAGUGAAUUUGACCCUGUCAUGAAAACGUUUGAAUCUCUAAGUGUUGGAAAGUCGUGGCUUAAUCACGCUAAUAUUCUAUUUUUAGAAGAGAUAACGAGAAUAAGCGCUUCUAUUAUUGUUUCAUUAAGCACUUACAGAAUCUUUCAUAAAUGGAGGAAUGCCCCCCAGCCGAAGAGUUUACUUUCCUCCAAGAAGUGUUAGAAUGACUCGCGGGGACCCGCUGGCCUAGUUUACGGCACAUCACAACAGCUGCUGCUGCUCGGGAGAAAGGCCGCUCUCACGGAUUGACCAUUAUUUUUCCUCAAUGACGCCUUGGCUGAGGAAGAUUUCAGAUUUCAUCGUGUGUGUGUGUGUGUGUGUGUGUAAGGGUGGAGCCACUAUGGAGAAAGUACGGCUACAAUACGAUGAGCGACACUCACGGAGCGUCUGCCAGCCACUCCCCCGUCACCAGCCAGCGACGGCACCCACCCGCACCUCGCCGGCGACAAGCGUGUCCCGCAGCUGCCUUGACGGAGUGCCGCGACGAACCCAACGCCUCGCCUCUAUAGUGUUGACCCUUUACCCUGUGACAAGACACUACUUCUCAGACGUAUACAUAGAUAUAUAUAUAGAGAGAGGAAAAAGGGAUACCCCAAAGCAGAAGGCAUACCAAUAUCACUGGAAAAUGAGCACAUCGGACUGGCGGGGUUAAUAAACCACACCCACGCCGCGAAGUAUUAUCAUAAAGAACACCGGAGGGCUGUCAGAACCAUGUUGACCUGAGGCUUGCGACGUUGCCAGAGGAGACGAAGAUUGCAGUGUCAGAGUACGUAGAGUGCCCUUGUGCUUGAGUUAGCGGCGCCGGAACACAGCAGCAGCGGGGCAUUCCUCGAGCGAGCAACAUGAAGACGCCACUGGUAUUGUUUUGGAUGAUGUUGGUGACCUUUGCUUUGGAUGAGAUAGGAGCGACAUCCCGCCUGUCCUCUGGCGCGUCCGAUGCUCAGGAGAGAGUUUUGACCCCCCCCAUGCCGGCUGAGCACAGACAUUACGGCCCGGGGGACUUCAAGAGUCGCGGGCUCUUCUCGUCCCUCCUUGCUCCCUUCAUGGGGGGCUUCCAGCGUUCCACACCUGGCCAUCAGGCGAGGGAGAGGCCGCGCCCCGUAGCCUGGAGGCCCGGAUACACUAAUCAACCCCACAAGCGUCCUCCACCCCAGCCAACAGCGCGGCACCCACCCGGAGUGUUCCCGCAGCAGGUGCAGGCGGAGAUGAGACAUCCCCCGAACAUAGUACUGCCCGCCCCGCACGGUGAGCAGCUUCCUGACGCCCCCCAUCAUGACGGCCUGCUGCAGGAGACAGCCCCUCACCCAUUCCCCUUCGAGGAUCCUUCAGAGUGGCGACACGAUAACGUGAGGCAUGGCGGCAACGCCCCCUCCAAGAGCCUCCUGCCGCCUGGUGAGCCUUUCUCAUCACAUUACGAGCCUGGCUUCGAGAAAGAAAACACUUUCUCGCCUCUGGAUACUCCAAGCGACGGGGAACUUCGCGAGGACGAAUGGCAGCCGUUCCAGCCGUCCUCCGAUGCCUACCGCUCCCCUGAGGAUGCCAGCGAGGAGUUCUUCAUCACCAGGGACACGCUAUCCCUACAGGAGGAGGUACCAGUCACAUCCCCCCAACCCCCGCACCGCCCCUUCUUCCCCAGCACAAUCCGCCCCCGCGCCCCGCCGCCCCCACGCCACAACCCCCCAUCAUUCACACGACCACCGCCACCGCCACCAUCCCCUUCUUCUGGGAUCCAAACUGGCCCCCAGGACUCUAAAUCUCCCACCUCCUCCUCUUUCUUUAACUUUUCACCUCAUAGCUCCUCCUCUUCUUCUUCAUCCUCCCCCUCCUCUUCUUCCCCACCACCACAAUCUUUUAGGACAGCCCCAACAAACUCACCACUACCACCAAGCACACGCACUCCACCCCCCACAACCAAAUUCACACCCCACAACACACCUGCAUCCCCUCAUUCCACACCUACCUCGUUUCAACGCACCCCCACACCUGGUCACGUUAGACCCUUUAAAAAAGUACACCCACACACCUUGAAGAGCCACAAAACACCUUCCCCUUCCCUGCAGAGCCAACACGGGGGUCACUUUACCUCGCAGAAGGAUGACGGUGGUUUCCCUCACCCCUCCAGUCAACAGCCCAACUCCCAGCCUCCGCGAAGGCAAGAAAACCGUUUGCAGCAGACACAAACUCAACAAAACCGCUUCCAGUCACCACCACCGAAUCAAAACAGCCGUCUGGAGUCUAAUCAACGAAACAGGUUCCAGUCACAACCUAAUCAAAACAACCGUGGGAAUUCUAAUCAGCAAAACAGUUUCCAAUCUCAACCGAAUCAAAACAAUCGCCUAGAACCUCCUCAACAAAACAGGUUCCAGUCACAACCGAAUCAAAACAGUGGUCUGGAGUCUCCUCAAAACAGAUUUCAAUCACAAUCGAAUCAAAACAACCGUGGGGAUUCUAAUCAACAAAACAGAUUCCAGUCACAGCAGAAUCAAAACAACCUUCAGGAGCCUAAUCAACAAAACAGAUUCCAAUUACCACCGAAUCAAAACAUCCAUCUCGAGCCCCCUCCACAAAACAGGUUCCAAUCACAACCGAAUCAAAACAAUCACCAGGAGCCUAAUCAGCAAAACCGUUUCCAAUCACCACAAAAUCAAAACAAUCGUCACCAGUCCUCACCGAAUGAAGAUAAUCGACACAAUAACCCCCAAUUUUCACAUGAUCAAGGAAGCCAUUUAGAACAUCAAGGAAAUCAACAGCCCCAUUUGAGCCCCCCUCCACUUCAUCAGCACCAGACUGGAGGACCGGAACUUUUCGGAAACGAGGAAGAUCAUUUGAAACCACCGCAGAAUCAACAGGACCGCUUCGAGUCUUCACACCAUCAAGGGAACGGUUUCCAGUCUUCAGGGAAUGAACAUAAUCGUCUCCAGUCUCCAAACCACCAAGAGAACGAUUUCCAGUCUUCAGAAAGCCAUCAGGACCGCUUCCAGUCUUCAGAGAACCAAGAGCACGAACCCGAACACCCACACAACCAACACGACUCCUUUAUUCCACCACAAAACAAACAAGACCAUCUUUCGCCCUCACUGAACGAGGAAAUACAAACAACAGUAUUACCCGACCAAGAGAACAACCCAAAUUUCAAACGGACUCCCCAACCACCACCAACUCUAACGACCAAACGAAUGCCGUCAAUUCGUUUCGGAAUCAACACGUCAAGAAAACCGAACCCUCAAAGGCUGCCUCAGAACCCGGAAAACAGAGAUGCAGACUCACAAAACCAACCCACUCAUCAACAACCAAUUCCAGUCCAACAAAACGACUUCCCAUCGCCACAGAAACAUCAUCAACAGUCUUUCCCGAAUCAAGAGAACCAAUUUCCAGCACCAGAGAACCAGGAGAGUCACUUAGAGCCUCCAUCAGAGCAACAGAACCCUUUCCAGAGCCUACCACCAUCUUUCAAGAGCCAGGAGAACCUCAGUCAACCUCCACUUGGCAAAGAAAACCUUCAUCCACCUCCCAGACACCAACAGAACCAAAAUCAACAUUCACACAACCAGCAAGACGGUUUCCCGCAACACUCAGAUCAUCAGAACUCUCAGGAACACCCACCUAAUCAACACAGCCUCCAGCAACACCCAGAUGACCAGAACAUACAGCAACACCCACAAAACCAGCAUCCAGAGCCUAAACAACAGCGCCCCUCAAAUAAGCAGCACAAUUUUCAAGAACAACACUCACAGACUCAACAGACUCAACACAGCCUCCAGGAGCAACACCCACAUAACCAGCACAGCUCCCAGAACCACUUAGAAAACCAACAGAACUUCCCGCAACACCCACAGGACCACCAGAACCCUACGCACUCGCCACCACAGAAUCAAAACAAGUUGCAGAGUCGCCCACUUCACCAAAACAACCCGCAACACUCGCAGAACGAACAUACCAACUUUGAAAACUUACCGAUCCAGCAACAUGACCCAUUGCAACACCCACAAGGCCAAGAGAACCCAACACAACACCCUCCAAAGCAACUCAACCCUUUCCAGCAACCUCCUCCACGUUUCCCGUCGCUUCAAGAUCAACAUACCCAACAAGCAAACUUACGACACCAAAACAACAAGACGCCAAGUCCAAAGUUCCCGCUAGAGCCUCUUUCUCCGCCAGACCGAAGACAGCAUACGCAAACGCCUCCUUCAGAAAACUCACCUCGCGUCCCAUCUCCGAACUCAAGACUCAACUCACAACAAAGCCUCGGAAAUCCCUCUCGCAAACGACCGAGCCGCAGACCGCCUUUUGCAACCACUCCUUCAAGCACAAAACCCUCAUUCGGUGCUGCCUCUCCCUCUUCCUUCCCUUCCUCUCCCUUUGAAUCUCACUUAGGCCACGAGGAGGAGAUCGUCAAAGGAGACAGAAGACCUACCCCCACCCACCCCAUCCCAGGUACCGGGUUUGUGCCUUUCGACAGCAGUGAGGACUUCUUCAACCACGUCUUCCAGGGCACAACCUCCUUCGGCAGGAAAAUCAAGCCUGAGACGAAUGCCACGAGAACUCCCACUCCUAAUCCCUCCCAUUACCCCAAUCCCUCACGGCUCUCUAACCACAACCUCAAUCCCUCCAAAGGCCGCCCCUCUCCUCAUACCUCCAGACCCUCCUCUCGCCCCUCUCCCCACUCCUCCCUCGCCUCCUCCAGCUCAACACUUCAUCUAUCUUCAUUCCCCUUCCGAUCCUCUCCCCAUUCCUCACCCCACUCCUCCUCUUCACAAUCUUCCUCACUCCCUGCACAGUCUCGCUCCAAGCCCUCCUCUCCCUCCUCCCCCGUCUCCUCCUCCUUCUCCACCUUCUCCCUUUCCCCCAACUUGCAGGGACGCCAACAAGAGGCACCCGAAGACGCCGAGAGAGGCAGCGAUGAUAAGCUACUGAUUCGGAGCUUGAGGGAUUCCACGCACCUGAGGGCGCGGCCGAGUAACGGGCAGCAGCAGGAGGAAGUGUCUGAGGGGACAUCGACCCAACACUUCGGGCAAGUCGUCCACACGGGAUCACACGCUGCCAACGGGGACGCCCACGACUCACAGCAUUCUCCAGACGUCUCCAAUUUUAACGUGAUGGUGUUGCCGUACCAGACUUUGCAGGAGCAUGGUGCCGCCGCUCCGCCAUCUGACUCCUCCCUAUCAAAACAGGAUUCCGCGGAGGACGUGUCUGUGUUCCUGGUGCGGCAACAACACUCCAACAUCUCAAAGACACACGCGAGCUCUGGAUCCAACCCCUUUAGUACCAUAGGGGAGGCAGCAGGAACGCAGAAGAAGGAGUCUGCGUCGUGGGGCGAGAGCUCGGGAGAGGCGACACCUGACGAAAUUGCAAAGAUACCGGGCACCCUCCAAACCCCGCCCAUUGCCCUCUGUGAUCACGGCUUCUGCCCGGACCCGCCCACCGCCCCUUCUGACAAGUAACCCGCCCACUGCCGCCCACCCGCACCCACCGCCCACUUUGCACCUCCUUAGACACUGUAGUUUCAAGGUCACAGUUGUAAAUUAGUGUCACUCCACAGUCACUCCUUUCUUAGUUGUCAUUGGUCCCUCUCACAGACCUUUUCUCCUCUCUUCUCUUCUUUUCUCUUUCUUCUCAGUCUUUCCUUUUCAAUCGUGCUUAUUUAUAUAUAUUUUUUUAUCAUUCCCUUCCACUCUUUUUUCCUCAUUUCUUUUCCUUUCAUUCUUAUUGAUUCCUUUCACUUACUUUGUCAUUUUCUCAUUAGUCUCCCUUCACUCCUUUUCCUUCUCAUUUCUCUUCCACCUCUACCAUCCCUUCCACCUCUCCCAUCACCUCCACCUCUCCCUUCCAGCUCUCCCUCACCUCCCUUUCUCCCUCCCUUCCGCCUCUCCCACAAUGCAUCAACUCAGGUUUGUUAGUAAGCAGCUCAGAGUAGUAGAUGAUAUUGUUGCAGUGGUUGUUGUUAGUUUAGAAGUUGUUGAUUGUUGUUUAGAUUGUUGUUGAUUGUUAUAGGAGUGUAGACGAUUGAUGUUGUUCCUGUAGUAGUAGCUAACUGUAGAUAUUCCCUGUAGUUUCUCUAUAGCUGCUGGUUUUGUAUUCCUUCUGUUGUCUGUAUUUGCUUAAAAGGUAUGCAUUUAUUUAUUGACUUAUUUAUUUGUAUAUUUAUUUACUAAUUUAUGAAGCACUUUUGCAUUCAUAGGCAUAACAUGUUUUGUGAUGACAAUAAAACUGUACUGCAUUA